AUGGCUGGGACACAGGGCUGUGGCGAGGGGAAGAUCGCGGGGCUGUACGACCUGGAGCGCACGCUGGGCAAGGGCCACUUUGCGGUGGUGAAGCUGGCGCGGCAUGUCUUCACCGGGCAGCGGGUGGCCGUCAAGGUGAUUGACAAAAGCAAGCUGGCGGGGGAGGCGGCGGGGCAGCUCCUGCAAGAGGUGCUCUGCAUGAAGCUGGUCCAGCACCCCAACGUGGUGCGCCUCUACGAGGUCAUCGACACCCACGCCAAGCUCUACCUCAUCUUGGAGCUGGGCGAUGGCGGGGACAUGUUCGACCACAUCAUGCGGCACGAAGGCGGGCUGGCUGAGGCGCGGGCCAAGCACUACUUUGCCCAGAUCGUCCAUGCCAUCUCCUACUGCCACAAGCUGCACGUGGUGCACCGUGACCUCAAGCCCGAGAACGUGGUCUUCUUCCAGGAGCAGGGGGUGGUCAAGCUUACCGACUUUGGCUUCAGCAACCGCUUCCAACCUGGCAAGAUGCUCACCACCAGCUGUGGCUCGCUGGCCUACUCGGCGCCCGAGAUCCUGCUUGGGGAUGAGUACGAUGCCCCAGCUGUCGACAUCUGGAGCCUGGGGGUCAUCCUCUACAUGCUGGUGUGUGGCCACCCCCCAUUCCAGGAGGCCAACGACAGCGAGACCCUCACCAUGAUCAUGGACUGCCGCUACACUGUGCCCCCGCAUGUCUCGGCACAGUGCGCUGAUCUCAUCUCCAGGAUGCUGCAGCGGGACCCGAAGCAGCGAGCCUCCCUGGAGCAGAUCGAGAGCCACGCGUGGCUGCAGGGGGUGGACCCGUCCCCUGCCAGCCACUGCCUCCUGCCCCUCACUUCCCACAAGCGUGUGUCCGAGGAGGAGCACGAAAUCAUCCUUCAGGCCAUGACAUGUGGGAACAUCGCCGAUCGCGACACCAUCCAGGAGGCGCUGGAGGCCGACCGCUACAACCACAUCACGGCCACGUAUUUCCUGCUGGCGGAGAGGAUGCUGCGGGAGAAGCAGGAGAAGCAGGGCCGCCCCCUCAGCCUUGUCUACAACCUGGCCAAGGAGGUGCAGGGAAGGACCAACUUAUCAGACACGUUCCGCCCCAUGGGCAGCGCCGGCAGCCUCUUGCCCUUCACAGAGGUGCCAGGUGGCCUCGCUGCGGGCUCCCGGCUGCCCCCUCUGCCCGCUGGAGGGGACAUCGGUGGCCGGCAGCCCACUGGCACUCUGCUGAAGGUCCCUGCUGUUGACACCACCAUCACCAAGAGCACCCCGGCCCUGCAGCAGAUCUGUGAGGAGGAAGAGGAAGAGGAGGAGGAAGAGGAGGGCAGGCCCAGCACUGUGGAGAGGAAGAGCAGCUCACUGAACCAGGAGCAGAUGCGAGCCUUCCUGUGCCCCAUGGACAAGUCCCCAGGGCCUGGGUCCCCUGCUGGCCUGGCCCCGGGGGGCACUGAGGGGGGCACGGAGAGUGUCAUCAAGCUGGACCCAGGCAAGAGCAAGGGGGGCAGCCUGCGGGACAGGCUCCUGCAGUUCCCACUCUGCGAGAAAGCCCUGGCCUUCAACAUGCGGCCGGGCUCCAAGGAGAGCCUCCUCUCCCUCGGGCAGUUCAACUGCUGCCACGUCAUUUAA